GGGGCGGGCGUUGUUUUGAACUGGCUGCGCUCCCGGAAGCGGGUGUGGGGAUGUGCGGGGGUUGGCGGCGCGUUGGGCUGUUACAGAAUGACCUUGCACUGAGCCUUUGUGGAAGAAGCAAGAUUUAAGCCUCAGUUCUUCAAUGUGCAUCCUUCUCUUCAAAUUUGACCCCCGACCAGCUUCAAAAAAUGCAUACAGGCUUAUUCUAGCAGCUAAUAGAGAUGAAUUUUACCACAGACCAUCCAAAUCUGCAGAUUUUUGGGACAGCAGCAAUGAGAUCCUUAGUGGUCUGGAUAUGGAGGAAGGAAAAGAAGGUGGGACAUGGCUGGGAAUCAGUAAGAAAGGCAAGAUGGCAGCCCUGACAAACUAUAUGCAGCCAAAGAUUGACAAAAAUGCAAAAGGAAGAGGUGCUCUUGUAACAAACUUCUUGACUGCAGAUCUGGACAGCUACUCUUACUUGAAGAAAGUUUCAGUAGAAGGACAUCUUUACAAUGGAUUUAAUUUAUUAGCAGCUGACUUGAAUACCAUCAAAGGAGAUGUAAUUUGCUACUAUGGAAACAAAGGAGAACCAGAACCUGUUUUCCUGAAUCCUGGAAUAUAUGGAUUGAGCAAUUCUUUGUUGGACACACCAUGGAAGAAACUCCAAUAUGGGAAGCAGCUUUUCACAGAAGUGGUCAAGAGGAGUCAAGACCUUACCAAAGAUGACUUGGUGCAGGAGCUUCUUACAGUGAUGAAUAAUCAAGAGCCUCAAUUACCAGACCCUGCCAUUGAAGACCAAGGGAAGGAUUAUAUACGUCCCAUAUUGAACAAAUAUGCAGCUGUAUGUGUUCGUUGCCCAGGUUAUGGAACAAGGACUAACACGGUGGUUCUCAUCGAUUCAGAAGGGCGUGUUACUUUCACAGAGCGUAACAUGAUCAAUGCAGAUGUCAACCAGUGGAAAACAAGCACCUAUGAAUUCAAACUGCACACUUAACAACUUUCCAUUUGAAUGGUUUGUAAUAAAAGCAAUGAGAGAACAAGGCAUUAGGCUCUAGCAAAUGUUUUGUGCCAGCCUCCACAAGCUAAAAAUAGCAAGGAAAGCAAAAGUUUAAGUAAACUGGUAGCAUUCCCUAUCAGGCUCACAAAUCCUUUGGUUAAAACCAAAAGAAGAAACUGCUUUUAUGUUAAGUAGCAACUUAUAGUCAGACAAAAAAAAUAAAUAUCAACCUUCUUCCAGGAAAAGGGCAUCUUUGCCCAAGACAAAGUCAUUGCUUUUUUUGUGAGUGUUUUUUGUUUUGAUGUUUUAAGAUGUUUUAAGUAGACUCUUAAAGAUGUUUUCAGUUGCAGGAAGGGAAAACAUUUGCUGCUUUUAUUGUUCUACCUGAAGGUUUUACCACACUUUGCUUUCCCUUCAAUGUAUGAUUAAAAGAUUGUAUAGCUGAUGCCGGUGUGCAUUAAAUGAGUGUAUGUUAUCUCUGUAGUAUGAAGUUCUUUAGUAACAUUUAAACAUUUCAGCAGUGCCAUGGUGCAAUGAUCUGCCUGAGGAGGGCAGAGCAGGGGGGGAUUCUUUACAUUUUUUUUCCUACAGAUAGUACAACAAUGUAUUCUAUUUCUAAGUUUGAUUGUAGAGUAGAUAGGAAAUAAAGUUCAGUCUCUGUUCAGCUUUGCUCAGUAGAAACUAAAAAAAAUCAUGGGAGCAGACUUGCUUAUCUUUGACCAGAAUAAACUUACGUGCAUUGUGA